UGUCCGAGGUGCUGACCGUCCCGCCUGCAGCCCGCCGGCGCCCUGCGCGUCCACCUGCACCCGAUCCUGCCAAUUCCUGGCCUUCCUCCCACCCUCGGUCUGCCUGUUUUUCUCUCUUAACCCAGGAGUCGAAGGAAAUCAUGGUGUUCGCCCCAGGUGAGAAGCCUGGAAAUGAGCCUGAGGAGGUGAAACUGCAGAAUGCCAGCAAACAGAUUGUGCAGAAUGCCAUCCUACAGGCUGUGCAGCAGGUCUCCCAGGAGAGUCAGCCCCGGGAAGACAAGAACAGCGACGCCCGGGGCCGCAGCCAGCUGGGUGUGCAGGAGUUAACCAAGAAGCACGAAAAGAAGUAACAGGGUGGUGGGUUUGGCUCUUGUCAUAUGCUUGGUCUCUAGCCUUCCUGUUAGUAUAGGAUGCGUUGCCAAAAUGUCGCCAAUAAGCAAACCAACAUGUGUUCUGGACACCUAGCCGUAGGAUGAAUUUGUGCUAGCCCUUGGCUGAGAAGCAGUGUUUUCAAAAAGUGCAUCAGAUGAUUCUGUUCAUAUUUAUACAGUGCCUCUGAGACAGAGUGGGGCCAUACCUGACACUGUAAUUGCAAAAGUAGUUUUGCAGCACAAUUUAGUUUUUAAAUUCUUUUUUUUUUAAAGAGUUCUAAGUCUUGUUUAUUUACUUCUGCCUUUUAUGCAUUCUUUCUGUGAUUUCAACCAUCAGCCUUUUGUUAUUUUAAAUGAAAUACUGAGUAGAGUUCUGUGUUCUUUAUAAAUAUUUUUAAAAGAUGUUGCUGGAGUGAAGAAAUAGAGUCUUAGCCCCUUUCAUAUAUUUUUUAUGAAAUGAGUUCAGGUCCAAGAUCAAAUUAAGCAAAAGCAAAUUCUUAGAGUUCAGAAGCUCAGUAAAGCAUGUAUUUAUAUUAUUAUUUUUUUUUAAAAAAGGAAUAUAGGCCUUUUAAGAACUCAUUCCUUUAAUCCCAGUUCUCUAAAUUGUUUCAUAGCUGACAUUUGCCUUCUGGGCAGAAAUCCACUGGGAAUAUUAUGGGUUUCCUUUCUCAUCUCAAGAUUAAAUAAAAUAAGACAGGUGAGUCUACAUGCAUGAGCCACUGACUGCUUGAUUCCUCCACAGUCCAGUGGAGAAGAACUGCAGCUCCGAAUCCCUAAACUGCUGCUCGCCUUGGACCUACUUAGCCUUUGGUCUGAUUAUGGACUGCAGCAUCCCUGGAAGGAACCUUGGGGCCUUAUAAAAACUGUGUCAUAUCAGGCUAUGCAUUCUCAUUAAUACCUAACCAUAGAAACUUUCCGUUUCCCAUGCACAAAUUAGAAUUGCUUUUUGAGAUUAUGAAAAUCAUACAGAUCAGAAAUGAAUAAUGCUUAAAAUGGGAAAGGCAUUUUUUUUGAUUCUAUGAAGCAUGCAAAUACGGAAGAAGCAUACACAAACAGUAUUAUGAAGGCAUUUCCGGGAAGUGUGUGUGUGUGUGUGUGUGUGUGUGUGUGUGUUUGAGCCAACUCUCUUUGGACAGGAUGACUUCCUGCCCAUCUUUAUGGAGUCUUUGAGAAUAUCAUUUCCUGUGCUAUACAAAAGUUACAGAGAUGGUGCUAUUGGGGGCAGAAAAAGUAUUUGACCUUUGUUAAAACUUUGAGGCUUCAGAGUAUCAGUGUCUACGUUUGAUAAUUCUUUUUUAAAAAGCAAAGAAUCGGCAUAUAAAAUGUGACUAACGUUAAGUAUAUGUCUAUAAUUUCAGUAUGUUACACUUUCCAGAUGGAUAUGAUGGAUAAGAGUAGAUAAAGGAAAACAAUCUCUUUAUCAAUUGUGUUAGGCUGUUUCCCUUAUGGCACAGAUGGAAUAAAUUAAUUCAGGGAGAGAAUGGAGGGGAAGUAAAGGAGGUUAAAUUUAAAUAUUGCUUAUCCCUAAAUAUUUUUUGGCAGAACUCAUGACAGUUGAAGAAUAAAUUUAAGUUAAUGUAAAGGCACAUGAAUGAUGUGAUAUAAUUGCAUAGUGUAGAUAGUGGAAAUGAAAGUAUUCAGGAAAAUUAUUCAGGGAUGCCCACAAAUAAGAAACAAACCCAAUGCUUGUAGUUUGCAAGUUAUCUGGCACUAUGUCUACUAAGAUGUCUGAAUAUAACCAGCCUUGUUUAUUUUCUGUCACAAUACAGAAGCAUAAAAACAUGUUAUCUUUCUUCUCUGAUGUAUCUGUACUAAUAAACUGGGGAUCUUUGGGAACAAACAUAUUAUUAACCUCUGUAUCAAAAUGUUAUUUAUAAAUAAAAUAUACCCAGCUUUGAA